CUUCCCGGGCGGCAUGGGCGGCAUGGGCGGCAUGGGCGGCGGGAUGCCCAACGUCCCGCCCGAGCUGCUCAGCGCCAUCAUGUCGGAUCCCGAGCUGAUGGCCGCGAUGCAGAAGCCCAAGGUGAUGGCGGCUCUGCAGGAGUGCAUGUCCAACCCCGCCGCGAUCGGGAAGUACGCGAGCGACCCGGAGUUCCAGUACAUCAUCCAGAAGCUCCAGAAGGUCAUGCCGGGCGGUCCCAUGGGCGGCGGCGGCGGCGGUCCCGGAUUCGGCAGCGGCAUGCCGGGCGGAUUCGGCGGAUUCGGAGGGGCGGCCGGCGGCCAGGGCGGCGCCUCCGUCGACGAGGUGGAUUGACACCCGCGCGGAGUCACCAGGGGAGGUUCGACGAGCUAUGAUCAAUGUACGAGUCGUAUGGCUUCAAACACUUUGGCGACAACUCCUGCUUCUCCGGUGCAACGACUGAUAGAACCCGUAUCUCUUAUUGCUUCCACGACGAAGCAGCAGUCGUUGCACUCGAAGCAGGAGUCGCCGCCGCCGACGCACCAGCUCGGCGAACCUCCCGUGAUGGCCGACCAGCGACGCCUGUGACGACCGACGCUCCCGCGAACAGAAGAACGAUGCGAGACGCGUUGGUUUACCACCCGUGACAUAGAGCUCGCGUUUUAUUACCAUUCGAGAGCGCG